AUGACCAUCGCUGUCUCUGCCACCACUACAACAACCAAAACGAAGCGUCGCGAACCGUUGGGGACUAUUAACAUGGCAACGACCCAGGCGCAGGCGCGUCCUGCGCCGUCCGCCGGGUCUGGGACCGGUUCAGGCAGAGGUAGGCCGAGGCGAGCUAGUGCGCGAUUAAGCAUCAAUAAUCAGGAUAAAAGUGACGAAAUCGUGAAUGGGAGUAAAGCGGAGAAGAAGAGGAAGAAUGCGUCGUUUGAUGAAGACAUCGAGGGGUUUCAAUUCACUCGUCUUCCAUCGAAGAAAAUUAGGUCGUCGAUCGAACCGAUCCCCGAAAUCUCUAGUUCAGUCCCUGAAGAUGCCCCGCGACAAGCAUCGCCACCGCGACGGGGACGACCGAAGAAACAGGCGCAACUGCAGGCACAAGAAAAGUUCACAGAUGUCGUGGAGGAGCGACCGAAGCGAGCAACACGGGGGACAAAAGCAUCAGUUGAACCAGAACCACAACCACAGUUUGAUAACGCACAACGAUCGUCACGGAAACGUGACCAGUCCGAUGCAGCGGCCGCAGAGAAGAAGCGCAGGAAAGGGAGACCUAGUAAAUCGAAACCGGAGGAGAGGAAUGGCUUUGCUUCGCCGGAACAGCAAGGCACCAAGAUUACGUUGCCUAUGGCUGAUACGCCGGUUAUGCAGCGGAAUAAGGAGAUGAGGACGGCGGCGAAGUCAGAGAAGGGGAAUCGACGAAGUAGCUUGGGAAUGCGCGGGCGACGAGCGAGUUCGUUGAUUGAUUCUGGGGCAUCGAAUGCAUUGCCUCACAAGGAGGUUAACACGGCAGAUUUCUAUAAACACAUUGGCCCCGAUUUACCAGAACCUCGACGAAUGCGACAACUAUUGAUUUGGUGUGCAACUCGCGCGAUGGGCGAUAAGCCUUCAGGAUCACGGUCUGAGGAUGAGAGUGCGCGGCUAGCAGCACGUGUGAUCCAAGAAGAAUUGCUCAAAGACUUCUCGACAAAUUCCGAGCUGUCCAACUGGUUUGGACGGGAAGAUUCAGCACCGCCUGCUGUAGUGGUUAAGAAGCCGCAUCCGAAGAAUGUCCAGAAUGCCGAGAAGAUUAAAGAGUUGGAGGAACAAAUACAACGGCUUCAACGAGAACGACAUUCCAUGAACGCACUCCUCCGACCACCAUCCAUCCCCCGUAUUAAACCGCCAAUACCCAAGCCAGACGAACCGUCACAACCCGACUCAGCACAAACACCAAGGCCAUCAGAAACAGACACCAAGAUCGACCUAUCCCUCCUCGACCCCUCCCAACAUAAGAUCCUCGCCUCCCUAGAACCAACCGCGGAACCCGCUCCCGAGCCCUCACCAACACCAACAAAUACAACCUCAACACCCCUCCCCCCCAUACCACCAUCAGCUGUCUCCUCACGCCUCUCCCACAUCACCGGGAAUCUAGCACCAACCCUCGACUCCCUCGCCGCAGGUAUCCACGACAUCGAACUCUACCGCUCCAUGUCAGACAGGGUAUCAUCACGCAUCCUACGGAUCUGCGCAGAACGGCUUGACGAGCGAGACGCACGGAAUGCGAUGUAUCGCCUUGCUAUUGAAGGCGGUAGUGAUGGCGAGAGCGAAGACGGCAAUAAAGAGAAGGUUGUACUGCGAGAAAGACCGAAGGAAGACUUGGGUGUUAUUCUGGGUGCGUUGAGUCGGGUUGAGAGGAGAUAA